AUGGACGCUGCUACCAGCACGGGCGCCAAGCUCGACGCCGAUCUUCGUCGGCGAAAUGUCCCUGACUCCGGAAAGGCCUCCACGACGACGUUGUUCACCGUCGAGCCGGAUACGAAGAAGAACAAGAAGCCGGGCCAGUCCCCCUCGUACCUCCAUGUCCUUUGCAGCUGGGAACCGAUUAUUGCCCCCAUCAUCCUGACGGCUUUGGCCUUGUUCACACGACUGUAUCAGAUUGGUCGCUCAAACAUUGUUACAUGGGAUGAAGCUCAGUAUGAAUCCCUUCCCUCCCCUCCCCCCUUCUCCUUCGGCUUCGGCAAGUUUGGUUCCCACUAUCUGAAGCGUGAGUUCUACUUCGACGUCCACCCUCCUCUCGGAAAAAUGCUCGUUGGUCUGUCGGGUUUCCUCGCGGGAUACAAUGGUUCCUUUGAAUUCAAGUCCGGAGAAAAGUAUCCAGAAGAUGUCAACUACACCUUUAUGCGCGCCUUCAAUGCCAUGUUCGGUGUUGUCUGUGUGCCUCUUGCUUACUAUACCGCUCGGGAGCUCAACUUCCGUCGGGCCACUGUCUGGCUGAUCAGUCUGAUGGUGUUGUGUGAGAAUUCCUACGCGACCAUCUCCCGGUUCAUUCUCCUCGACUCGAUGCUGCUCUGCUUCACUUUCACCACGAUGAUGUGCUGGGCCCGAUUCCACCGCCUGCAACGUGCCAGCUUCUCUCCCGAGUGGUGGCUUUGGCUGUGCCUGACCGGCUUCAGCAUUGGCUGCGUCUGCAGUGUGAAGUGGGUUGGCUUUUUCUGUACUGCCGUCGUCGGACUGUACACGGCUGAGGAUCUUUGGAACAAGUUUGGAGACGUGAAGAUGCCCCCCACGUUGUUGGCAAAGCACCUGUUCGCUCGCGUCGGUGGCCUGAUCGUUAUUCCCGUACUGGUCUACAUGUUCUCCUUCUACCUGCAUUUCACCGUCCUGUCCAACAGUGGUCCUGGCGACGCCCAGAUGAGCUCGCUCUUCCAGGCUAAUCUGCGCGGCACCGAGGUUGGCCGAGACAGCCCACUCGAGAUUGUUCAUGGUUCUCGGGUGACCAUCAAGAACAUGGGCUACGGUGGUGGUCUGCUGCAUUCCCAUGUCCAGACGUACCCAGAGGGAUCCAACCAGCAGCAGGUCACUUGCUAUCACCACAAGGAUGCCAACAACGACUGGUUCAUCUAUCCCAACCGUAACGAGCCCGAGUACAAUGCCGAGGGCGACCUGAAGUAUAUCGGCGACGGUGAUGUCAUCCGCCUCAUUCAUGGGUCAACCGGUCGCAACCUCCACUCUCACGCCGUUGCUGCUCCGGUCACCAAAUCCCACUGGGAGGUCUCUUGCUACGGAAACAUCACUGUUGGCGAUGACAAGGACCACUGGCAGGUGGAAGUAGUCAGUGAUGCGGCUUCUCGCGACCGUUCCAAGAUUCGUACCUUGACGACGGCAUUCCGACUGCGAAACCCGGUGCUGGGCUGCUACCUGCGCGCAGGAAAUGUCAACCUGCCUCAGUGGGGUUUCAAGCAGAUUGAGACCACUUGUGUGAAGGAAAACAAGCCCAGUGAUGUGUACACUCACUGGAAUGUCGAGUCGCACACUAAUGAGCGUCUGCCCCCCGGUGAUCCCGGUUCCUACAAGUCACCCUUCUUCAAGGACUUCAUCCACCUCAAUGUUGCCAUGAUGACCUCGAACAAUGCCCUUGUUCCUGAUCCCGAUAAGCAAGAUGACCUGGCCUCGCAAUUCUGGCAAUGGCCCAUUCUUAAUGUUGGUCUCCGCAUGUGUUCCUGGGACGAUAACGUCGUCAAGUACUACCUCCUCGGUAACCCGCUCGUCUACUGGGGCAGUACCGCUGGCCUUGUUGCCUUUGGCAUGAUUGUCAUCUGGUAUCUCCUUCGCUGGCAGCGUGGGUACACCGAGCUGAGCCAGCAAGACAUUGACCAUAUUCACUACUCCGGCAUCUACCCGGCCAUUGGGUGGGUUCUCCACUACAUUCCUUUCAUUGUGAUGGCCCGUGUGACCUACGUCCACCACUACUACCCUGCGCUCUAUUAUGCGAUCAUUGUCUUUGGAUUCUGCGUCGACUGGGUGACUCGCCGGAUCAACGCCAAGCUUUCGACAGUCGUGUAUGCCGUUCUUUACGCCGCUACUAUCGGUCUCUUCAUUUACUUCAGAGCUAUCGUCUUUGGCAUGGAGGGUGAUAAUCAACAAUGGGCUCAUCUGCGCUGGCUGCCUGGAUGGAAGAUCUCCAAUUAA